CAACAGUUUAUAUAUUUUGCUGAUUUCUUUUUUACAUCAUUGAUCUGGGUAGCAAUUUCUUCUUUUGCAUCAAAGAUUUCUCCUUCUAUAUCAUUGAUCUGGGCAGUAAUUUCUUCUAUCAUUGAUCUUUUUGUCAACAUUUUCAUCCAAAGAACAUAUUUUUUCAAAAUUACUUUUAAGGUUAUAUCUAUAUAACACUCUCAUUAUCUCCAGUUGAGUAUUUCAAUACUAGACUUUUGAUUAUUAUCAGAAUUAAUAUUCCUUUGUCUAUCCAUACUUGACAAGUACAUUUUUAAUAGUGAAAAGGUUUUAAGAGAAAGAAGCCUGAGAUAUACCGUAACUAAUUUUAGUAAAAAAUG